AUUCGUCCUGAAGCCCAGCCCCCGGGCGCUCGCGGAGCCCGCGGACCUGCUUUCUCCUCUUUCGGAAUGAGGCGCUUCUUCCCUUCCUGGGCAGCGGCCGCCCUGCUGCUGCUGGGCGACCUGGUGGCUCUGGAGGAAUCGGAACCCGACCCAGAAGAAGCCGUGCAGCUUCAGUUCAUCAACUUUAAUUUUGAUACCGUGUGGGUUACAUGGAACGCAAGCCAAUACCCUGGGACUAAUUUGACUUUCUCCUAUAAAUUCAGAGGUGGUGCUGCACGGAGCAAAUGUCAAAACUAUACCCUUGACCAAGGCUAUGCCUCAGGCUGCGUCUUGGAGGUGGAGCCGGACGAGGAUGGGGCCAGAGACGUUAUACUCGAGCUCUCUUUGUGCAACAAAACCAGUGCUCUUCUCAAACGUAGUGUGUGGAUCAGUGACUACUUGAAACCAAAGUCUCCAGAAGACUUGAACUUCCUGUGGCAACAGGAGGCCGUCACCGUUACGUGUUCCAACCUUUCCUACAAGGGGCUUCUAUAUGAAGUCCAGUACAGGAGUGACUUUGACUUCAAGUGGGAGUCUACAGAGCAGAAAACCUGCAGCAUUACCGUAGAAAACUUAGAUGCUGAUAAAUGCUACUAUUUCCGCGCCAGAGUGAAAACCAUGGAGUCCAGAUACGGCUCAGAGACGUACCCCAGUGACUGGUCGGAAGUGACCCACUGGCAGGGGGGAGAGCGGAAAGAUGCGUGCCAGCAGGAGGAAACGCACUUCCCACAGUUUGUCUUAAUCUCUAGCCUGGUGGCGCUCCUCACGGUGUGUGUUCUUCUUCUGCUGCUGUGGGAACGACAUAGAGUGAAGAACUUCCUCAUACCCAGCGUGCCAGACCCAAAAUUCACCUUUCCCGGGCUCUUUGAGGACCACAGAGGGAACUUCCAGGAGUGGAUCAAGUUCACUGAGAACAUGGCCUAUGUGAAUAAGGUGGAGAAUGAAGAGGAAGAGUGUGCCCUGGAGGAGAUGCUGGUGGCCCAGCUGGUCAAGGCCGAGGUGGAGGCACCCACCACAGGCCUGUUGUGCCCACAGACAGAGGUGGAAGAGGCUCUGGGUCCCGGCCAACAUCCUCACCAGCCCCCUCAACACAGUGAGGUGGUCACCCUGGGUGGAUUUUCGUUUGUGAUGAGUGACAACUCUUAUGUGAUGCUCUGAGACGGUUCCACCCCCAAAGCCAACAGCAAGGUCAACAUUGGCAUUAAAGGACCAAGGGACAUGUCCCAGGGGUCAGCACCAUCCAGGACCAAUGACGCUGGUGUCUGGGAGCACUGAAGACCUCCACCUCCAGACCAAGGGGCUCCCUGGGUCCAGUUUUACUCCCAGGACAUCUCCAUUCCAGGGCUUGAUGGUGGGGCCAUUGUAGGUGGAAGACUUGAUUGGUUUGAGGGUUCCUUGCUUUCGGUUUGCAUCUCCUCCUGUCGGGGGCUGGCCACAAAAAUCUUGAAGAAGGAAGGCCAGGGUGCACGGAAACCACCUUCUUGUGUGCACACAGACCCAUCAUCUCUUUCACCAAGUCCAUCCAUGGGCUGUUUUUUGGGCCCUUUCUUCCAUGGGACAAAUAGAUGAUAGAUGGAUGGAUGGAUGAGUAGAUA